AAGGGGAAAAUGAAUUUAUUCAACGAGAACGAGAACUAGAUUUAGAUAGAAAUGAUAAACCAAGCAAUAUAUUUGUUGGAUCUGUAAUUGGCGGAGGAAGCCAUCUCAAUCCAAUAUUGGAAAUUUGCAAGAUUUUGGAGGGUCGUGGGUAUAAAAUAACAUUGGUAGCUCCUGGAAAUUUUACAGCGAAAUCAACCUUAUACCACUCAAUUCCGCAAAUCAUUACUGGAGAACUUGAAUCUCGUGCAUCUCCAACGUAUAGGGAAGUAUUUUUUUAUAAAUAUACUUUUAAAACUUUGGCCACCGCAAGAAUGAUGUCUAAUAAAAGAUAUAUCGAGAACUUUAAUAAAUAUCUUCAAGCUUAUAAAGAGACUAAGCCUGAUUUAUUUAUUUGCGACUAUGUGGCGAAUGAGGCUUGCUUUGACCUAGCGUGGAAAUUUAAACAACCCAUCGUUGGAUUUAGUGCCUCUACGAUGAUUUUUACACCUCCACCUCCCUAUAGAUCAGAUCCGAUAUUUGAUUGUCAUGUGAGCAUGGAGAAUGAAUCAUUCUACAAUCGGUUUAUAUGUGCUGUAGUACAGCCAUUACGACUUAGCUGGCAAUUUCGAAAAAAUAUAAAUUAUCUUAAUUCUGAAAGAGCCAAAGUAGGCGUUAGUGAGCAUAAUGACUUUAGAGGAAGAAUAAUUAAUACAUUAUUUUUAGUUGAUAAUUUCUUUGGAUUUGAG